GUGGAUUGAAAUGGCUUUUGAAGGAUACAUGCAUGAUAUCAACUACAUUCGUUGUCUUCUUAUAAUCACAUAAAGCCGCAUGGCCCUUUCGUCAAAGUCUUCCGUUUCCAUUCAAUACCAGCCAGCCGGCAGUCGAUUCUUGAGUUCUUUUUUGGCCUCUAUCUUUCAACUUCAAGUCUUGUAUCUCAUUCAGUGUGCCAACAUGGUUAUUACAACUAGAAAUCAGAACGCAACUCGGAAAGAGAAGGCAAACGCUUUAGCAGCCUCCCUGCAGCAGAGUCCUAAAUACACUGAUGGCGAAUCUGAUGAGUUUGAAUUUGGCGGUUCCUUCGGUGCAGCAUCGUUGAUGGCCGGGUUUCCUCUUCUUAUGUGGUACAUGUGGAUUGGUGCCACUUACUACAAUGGCCGAUUUCCCUUGCCUGAUGCCAACCAGACCUGGGGAGAUUUCGCCUACCACUUGGGUCAUCUUAUCUACGAGGGAGCAUAUCCCACAGCCAAGGCCUGGUCUAUCUACUGGACAUUUUUUAUCUUUGAAGCACUUAUGUAUUGCUACAUGCCUGGCGUGCUGAGCCAAGGCCGACCUCUGCGCCAUGAGGGCGGUAAGAAGCUCCCGUACUAUUGCUCCGCCUAUACUAGCUGGUAUGCAACUCUGGUCAUAGCUGCCGUCCUGCACGUCGCCGGCAUAUUCCGACUAUACACACUCAUCGAUGAGUUUGGGUCCAUCAUGACCGUGGCAAUCCUCUCUGGUUUCCUAAACAGCAUCAUCGUUUAUUUCCAGGCCAUUAUCCGUGGCCGAACCCACCGGCUCACCGGACAUCCUAUCUACGACUUCUUUAUGGGUGCUGAGCUCAACCCUCGAAUCGGAAUCCUGGACUUCAAGAUGUUCUACGAAGUCCGGAUCGCGUGGUUUAUUCUAUUUCUCAUCACUGCCUCCGUAGCGACGCGCCAGUAUGAGACUCACGGCUACGUCUCUGCCGAAGUGAUCUUCAUGCUGAUGGCACAUUUCAUCUACGCCAACGCCUGUGCCAAGGCCGAGCAGUUAAUUGUUACGUCCUGGGAUAUGUACUUCGAGAAGUUAGGCUUCAUCCUGACUUUUUGGAACAUGGCUGGCGUGCCCUUCACCUACUGCCACUGCGCACUCUAUCUCGCGCAUCACGACCCAUCCGAAUACCGCUGGAGCCAACCUGCUCUGGCUGUCCUUUCCAUUGUUUACCUAUUCAUGUAUUGGAUGUGGGACUCGUCGAACGGUCAGAAAAACUCAUUCCGUCAACAGGAGCGCGGCCAGCUUAUCAAGCGCAACGCAUUCCCCCACAUGCCCUGGACGGUCAUCGAGAAUCCUCGCGUUCUUGAGACGAAUGCUGGAGACCGAAUUCUGCUGGACGGGUGGUUCGCUAUCGUGCGCAAGCCUAACUAUGUGCCCGAUAUGUUCUUCUCCAUGUCUUGGGGUCUCAUCACGGGUUUCAAGAGCCCCUUCCCUUGGUUUUAUUUCGUAUUCUUCAUGGUUAUGACCAUCCAUCGUGCCCAAAGGGACAUUGACAGAUGUCGCAGGAAGUACGGAGACGCCUGGACCCAGUACGAAAAGGAGGUACCCUAUUUGUUCUUUCCGUAUAUCAUUUAGAGUGGUUCUCGUCGCUGGUUGGAACUACAAAACGCCUCCAUGCGUACGAACGAAAUCAUAUUUAUUGUUUCCCAUCUAACCUCUCAUCCACGUCGAUACGAAUACGCUAUCUUUGAGUCU